AUGCUAAAUGCGCCUGAAGUCCAUGCUGACAAUUUACCCCCAAUGCCACCACCUCCAUCAGGGAUGUCGGAUAUGCCACCACCUCCACCAGGGUUGUCACAUAUGCCACCAACUCCAUCAGGGAUGUCAGAUAUGCCACCAUUACCUGGUACGCCAACACUACGUGGGGAUGAGAAAGCUGCUGUGCCAACAAUAGAACAGGGUGCUCCUACAAAAUUCGGUGCAUUCACGGGACACACGUGA